UCCACCGAAAUAGCAUAACAUACAAUACCCUUUCUUCUUUCUCUUUUCACUCUUUGAGAAUCUAAAACCAUUUUGUUUUGUAAUUUAUUAAAGUUUUGAGCUUUAGAUCUUUCAUUGUAUCAUACUAUCAGUUGCUUUGUGCAGGUUGAAUGGUAGAUAGCAGCAUGAUUGAGUUGAGCACAUGGAGGGAUUGAAAUUAGAAAUUUGGAUUACAUGUGACAUAAUAGAAAUUUGGUUGCUUUUGUUUGGACUUCCAAAAUUAAUCCUUUUACCUUCUGGUUGCUGAGUGCUUGGUGAUUUGUGUGACCAGUUCUAAGUGAUGGGUUCAUAUUCGGGUAGCUGUGAAAUUAUAGAGGCGAAAGAUGAGCUGGAUUUGUUUCAACGUUCUGAAAGGUCUCGUCAAGUACGAGAACCGGGCAGAAAACAGAAGCCUCCUUUGGUUAGAAAAGGACCUAAUAAGUUUUUAGAGGAUGAUAUCAAUCAUCUUUUUGAAUCCAUCAAUCUAAGAUCAUCAAAGAGUCUUGAUUUGUCGGAUCACGUGAGAAGAGAUGCCUCGAAAAGGCCGAUGAGGGGCAGUGGAUCUCAUUCUCCAGGAAUCGGGUUUUCCGAGCCAGUUUCUCUAAAGCAGGCCUUACGGGGUUUAUGCAUUUCGCAGGCGGCAGAAAUGGCUACAAUGAAGCGGUUAUCCAAGCCACCGGGUUCUCCUAGCGUUUUAGACCCUGGAAGGAUUACAAGCUCUUACCGGUUUGCAGAUACAAGUGAAAGACUAGUACAAGAUGUAAGCACUUCAGGAAUAUUCAACAAAGUGCCGCAUUACCGCCAAGAACUGUAUGUUAAAUCAGCAAACCAUAGUCCCCAUUCUUCUCCACGACUUGUUGUUAAGCCAUCCAUCUCAAUGCGCCAAAAUAACAGAAUAGUGCCAGCAGAAAGCUCGUCUAACUCUCUUCAGUCACCAGGUCAAAGUACCCUUUGUUCUCCUAAAUAUGUUAAUAAACAGACUAUUAAGAGUACAGAGUCCAUUGCCAAGCAAAACGAGAGAAUUUUUCCCGAAGAAAAUGUCCCAAACUCCGGUAAAAAAGUUUCUCAACAGCUUACACAAGCCAAGGUGAGGUUACCAAACCAAAACACUUUAUCUUCACCUAGACUUGUCGAUAAACUAGUUAUUAUGUCUGCUGAGUCAACUGUGCGGCGAAAAGAGAGGAUGGUGCCAGCAGAAAGCACGUCAAGCACUUCGCAGAAGAUGACUCGAUUACCAGACCAAUGUGUACUGUCUUCUCCUAGACUGGUUGAAGCACCAAUUAUUUUGAGUUCUAACUCCCCUCGCCAGAAAAAGGAGAAUUCGUCUUUGUCGAAGCAUCACGAGAUUAAAUCACCAGGAACUGUGUCAAAUAAGGAAGAAGUCCCAACUUCAGCUGCAUCCUCAUCUUCAUUUACCUCUGGUAAUGAUAAGCAUAAUCCCGAUAGAAGUGUGGUUACAUCAUUUAGAACAGCGAACAAAAAAGCUCCUAAGCUGAGAAGAAAAGCCGUGUUGCAAAAUGUCUCUUCAUCCAGUGCCACGAGAAACAACAAGGAGAGCAAAUCAAAGCCAGCAGUCAAGAACAAGACCCUUGUCAAGAAGAAAGCAAAACCGGAAGCAACGGUAACAUCCGGCACUUUCAAUCUCACCUAUGAAGCAAAUGGUCCAAUGGAAUCACCUAACCAACUUGUCUGUCAAAAAUGUCAAUGUGCUCUCAAGAAUGUGGGAAAUGAGUCUGGUAAGGAACCUGCAAUUCAAGGUUCUGGAUGUACAGCCACUGGAGCAAGUGAAACUAGCAAUAAAUAUCAUGCUACUAAACCAGGCUUCGGCAAUAAUGGCCCAGUCUUGAAAGUCAACAAGGCAUCAAAAUCUAGAGAGCAAGGGGACUUUUCUCAGAGCUCAAAGAGUAGUAUUGGUGAUUACAGUUGUAGCACAACUAUCAGUGACGAGAGCAAUUUAAGUGGGUCCAGUACCGGCAAUAGGCCCCACAUGUCCAAAGAUGGAAGGUGGGAGGCUAUCAAUCAGGUGAGGAAACGUCACGGAUUCUUAGGGUUAAGUCAUUUCAAUUUAUUGAAGAAGCUCGGUUGUGGAGACAUUGGCACAGUGUAUCUCGCUGAGCUGCUGGAAACUAACUGCUUAUUUGCAAUAAAAGUUAUGGAUAACGAAUUUUUGGCGAGAAGGAAGAAGCUUCCGAGGGCACAAACGGAAAGGGAGAUUUUGAGAAUGCUAGAUCACCCUUUUCUACCGACCCUCUAUGCGCAGUUUACAUCAGAUAAUUUAUCAUGCUUAGUUAUGGAGUUUUGUCCAGGUGGUGAUUUGCAUGUCCUCAGGCAGAAGCAACCAGGCAGAAAUUUUCCUGAAGCAGCAGCACGGUUUUAUGUUGCUGAAGUCCUCCUUGCUCUGGAGUAUCUACAUAUGCUUGGAGUCGUAUACCGGGAUUUGAAACCAGAAAACCUACUAGUCCGGGAAGAUGGUCACAUCAUGCUUACUGAUUUUGACCUUUCACUCAGAUGUUCAGUUAACGCCAGUCUUCUAAAAUCAUCUUCACUGGGAGUAGAAGCCCCACGGAUCUCUGGUCCAUGCGCAGGAUCCAACUGCAUUGAUCCUUUUUGUGCGGGACCCUCAUGUCAAGUUUCUUGCUUUAGCCCUCGAAUUUUACCUGCCAAUGCACGAGCAAGAAGGGUAAAAGCGGAAGCUGCAUCUUUUAAAAGAUCAUUGCCUCAGCUUGUUGUAGAGCCAACAGAAGCGCGGUCCAAUUCGUUUGUCGGUACACAUGAAUAUUUGGCUCCUGAGAUUAUUAAAGGCGAGGGCCACGGGAGUGCUGUUGAUUGGUGGACCUUAGGUGUUUUUCUUUACGAGCUUUUAUAUGGGAAGACACCGUUUAAAGGUGCCGGAAAUGAAGAAACUUUAGCUAAUGUGGUCAUGCAGAACCUUAGAUUUCCCGAUAGCCCGCUUGUUAGUUUUCAGGCGAGGGAUCUAAUAAGAGGGCUUCUCGUGAAGGAGCCUGAGAGUCGAUUGGGAACGGAAACCGGAGCUGCUGAGAUUAAACGACAUCCCUUCUUCGACGGCCUGAACUGGGCGUUGAUACGUUGUGCCAUUCCACCAGAAGUACCUGAACUUUGUGACAUUGGAUUUCCAGAAGUAGCUUAUCAGGAGAAGAACAAAAUGUUUUUAGAGUAUAGUUCCAAAGGGCAUUUAGAGUUUGAGCUGUUCUAGACUUCUAGUAAAGCUCUCUGUACCACUUAUAUGGUUAGGAUGUAUCCUCUGCAUCCACCCCUUGUAAUUAUAUGUCAUAUAAAAUGCUGAGAAUAUGGGAAUUUUCUUCUACAUCACAAGAAUGAAAGUUACAUAGCA